AUGAUUGUUAGAGAAGCUUUAGAAGCCAUUCGAGAAGAUGCUGAUAAAUCCUUUAAGGAAAUAAUGAAAAAUGUUAGAAAAAUAGCUUCUGACAUUGAAAUACGCAUGCCUCGAAUCUACGGGAGACAAACUGCCCGAAACAAUGUUAAUGCCAAAGACGCAGAGGAAUAUUAUAAAAUAGUAUCUAAUAUUUAUUCCAUUUCUUGA